AUGUUGCCUGAAGGAGGCUCUUUUGUCAAGGGGUUGGCCCUGGGAGCCGUCUCCUGCCUAUUGCUCUCGUUCCUGGGUACUUUAAGCCCCAAUGGCUCGUCCGACUUGGAAGAUGUCUACGAAAACCACCACGAACACCACCACGUCCAGGCGCAGAGCAACGACAACCUGAAGCAACUGACAGAAGCCCAGGCACAAGAGUUGAAAGAUCAAGUGCGUGUCUAUUGCAUCAUUAUGGUCCGGCCAAAGAUUCUGACAUACUGGGCUGCGGCCGUGGGAACCUGGAGCAAGCACUGCGACAAAGCGGUGUUCUACACGUCAGAAUCUUCCAAAGCCCUGGAAGCGGUCGACCUGCAAGAAAAAAACGACUGGGUGAGGUUCGGCAAAGCGCUGAAGCACGCUUACGAAAACGCCGGGGACAUCCGCUGGUUCUUUCUGGCGCAGCCUACAACCUUCGCCAUCAUCGAGAACUUGAAGUACCUGCUGCUAACCAAGGACCCCGGCGAGCCCUUUUACGUGGGCAACGCCAUGAAGUCCGGCGAGCUGGACUACGUCGCGUACGAUAGCGGCAUCGUCCUCAGCUACGAAGCCCUCAAGAGGUUCGUGAACGUGCUGGGCGACGAGAACAAAUGUCCGGUCCAGUCGAAGAGCUUGUGGCAGCUGAGCGAAGAAAAGCAGCUGGCCGUGUGCCUAAAGUACACGGGCGUGUUCGCGGAGAACGGCGAGGACGCGAGCGGCAUGAACCUGUUCAACAGCAAGAGCGUGAACGAGCUGAUCAAGGACAGCAUGAAUAACCAUCCGAACAACGUGAUUGAGAGCUGCUGUGCCGAUUUGGCCGUCACGUUCAACCGCAUGACCCCGAACCAGAUGCAGACAAUGAUGUAUGGAGUUUACCGCCUCCGUCCGUAUGGGCACGAUUUCAAGGACUUGCUGAUGUUUGACCCGCCAGAAGGUUCGGACAAUGACUAG